AUGUCCGAGAAAAAGAAGGAAAUUACAAGUAUGACUUCCAAGGAAGAGAAGGAAACCUCCAAGGAAAAGAAGGAAUUUACCAGUGAUGACCUUAAAAUAAUUCGAGAAAAAAAAUUUACUAUUAUGAUGUUGAAGGAAGAAUGGGAGAGGACAGAAAAAAGAUUAGUAAAACGGAAGAGUUUAAUGUUAGCACAUAUUUCAGCAUCUUCACUUACCAUAUUAGUUUGCAUAUGUUUAUUAAUAAUUUUGAAAUAUAAUGCCUCUAAUAAAAUUUUAAAUAUUGUGGCAUCGAGUGUUACAGCUGGUGGUGGCAUUUUAGCACUCAUAAAGGCUAUUAUAGACAAAGUGUCAGUAAAUAAGGAUAGCAUUGCAAAAGUGAUUCAAGUUGUAAAAAACGAUGGAAAUUUAGAUAAAAUUGAAUUAAUAAAUAUGAAAGAUGAAGAGUUGAGAUAUUUACCAACAGAAAGGCACAAGAACUAUAUAAAAUUUUUAGGUCGCAUUAAUUGGCUUAUUGGUUUAGAAGGGAAAAUUGGUAUAUGGUUCGUCAUUAUAAUGUCAUUAUUCAUAAUAAUUUUGGCAGUUAUCACAUUUCUUGUCAGUAUUAGCCCAGUCGUUAUUCCUUUACCAAAUUUGAGUCAACAUUUGGCUGGAGGCAUAAUCGUGAGCGGAACACUAUGGUUUACUGCUACAGUUUUAUCCCGUUGGAUAAAAUUCUUCGAAGUUAUGUCUAAUGUUAAUUGGAAGAGUGGAGAUAUUGGGAAAGACAAGAGUAUUGUGUUUAGAAUUUUCUUAUUUAUAACUAUUCUACCUGCAUUAUUACUUUCAAUACCCUUUGUAGUUCCUUUAUCAAUUCAUUACUUGGUAAUGCAAAGAACUUAUGUAUUAGAACAAGAUAUUUAUGAUAUAUACUUUGGAGAAUAUAAAACAGAAAAUGAUGACAUAACAUUUUUUGGAACAGAAAUUGAUGCUAAACUUAUUUUGAAACUUGUUCAUAUACUUGGUCAGUAUUUUGACCUGAUAGAACUUAAAAAUGAUGCGAAUAAUAACGAAAAUAAUGAUAAGAAGGACAAAGAGAAGUAUAAAGAAAUUAUUAAAUAUUUAGAUGAAAAUGACAUAGACGAAGAAAUUGAAAUAAUUUAUUGUAGGAUUGUUGUGAUACUUGUAGAAAAAUUUAAACAUAUCAUUAACGAACUUAUUGAGAAACUUUCCGUGGAACUUAAGAAAUUUUUGGAAAAAGAAGGGAUGCUGGAUGAUAAUCAUUUUAGUUAUGAUGUGAAGCCGAAUUAUCUGGCAUUGGAAUUUGCUAAGGAGAUUGUUAAAGAACUUGACACAAAUAUAGAUAUUCUUACAGCAAUAUUUGCUAAGGAGCUCAAAAAAAUUUCUAAGCGAGAUGACAAAAGUAAAGAGGAAAUUCCUAAACCUCAUGAACCAUCUGAAGACGAAAAAACAGAAGAUAAUAAUAAAGAGAAUAUAUUUAAGAUAAUUCCUAAACCAUCUAAAGAUGGAAAAACAGAUGAUAAUAACUUGUAUACUGUACUCACUUUUGCUUUAAUUUCUUCAACAUUCUUGAAAUCACCUUUAAAAUCAUAUUUUGGAAUUGAUGCGACUUUUGGUGCAAUUGACUUGGGCAUGUCUUCGUCUAUGGCACAGUACUAUUCACUUUGUGAACAAUUACAUUAUUGA